UGCAGGAACGGUCAGUCCAAAGCUCCGGUCGGUGAGCUGAGUGGUACGCAUUAGAUCUCUUUCAAACGUUGGUGAGCUUUCAUUGUCUCUUUGCUAUCUUCUCUUACCCCCGCAGAACGUAUUUGAUACUACCAGCACACAAUGACCGACCCUCGCACUGGCUCCGCCUGGAUCCUCGGCGACAAGUUCAACCAAAAGUACCCCCACCUCGAGUCCAUUGAUGCGCUGUGGAACAAGAAGUGGAAGUUUCCUUGCGAAAGAUCACUCUACCCUUUCCACGAUGGCAAAUACGAGGAUUUCGCACCCAUCUUCGAGACCCUGAUUAAGAAAAGCAUCCAUGACGGCUACAGCGUGGAGUAUACCAAGGAGUUCCUACCGACGUGCGAGGACCUCGUAAAGAAAGCGGACGAGGCGGCGAAGAAGGACAAGAAGCAGGCCAUUGAGCUGUAUCUGCGAGCUUGUGCCGUCUACCGCAUUGCACGCUUCCCGUACAUCAACAGCGACGUGAAGAAGGAAGCGUACCAGGCACAAAAGGAUGCCUACAUGAAGGCCGCUGCACUCUUUGACACUCCCAUCGAGGAUGUGACCAUCCCACAUACGGCCGGGACGUCAAAAGACGAGGGGAAGGAGAUCCCGCUUUAUGUCCGUAUCCCUCACGGCACGAGUAAGGACAAGCCAUGCCCAGCCGUCAUCCUCAUGUGCGGUCUGGACGGCCACAGACCCGACAACACCACGCGAAGCGACGAAUUCCUUUCUCGUGGCUGGGCCAGCAUCAUCGUCGACAUUCCAGGCACGGCAGAUUGUCCGGCCGACCGCCGAGACCCAACCUCACCAGACCGCCUGUGGACGAGCAUCCUCGACUGGAUGGAGAAGGAAGGCGUUUACAACAUGAAGAAAGUCUUGUGCUGGGGUUUGUCCGCGGGUGGUCACAACGCCAUCCGUGCCGCACACACCCACGCCAAGCGCCUCGCCGGCGCCGUGGGCCAGGGUGCAGGAACGCAUCACUUCUUCUCGCGCGCAUGGCUGGAGAAGGCCAAGGACCACGAGUACCCCUGGACCGCCCUACCGGCGCUGACGGAGAAGUUCGGCUACAAGUCUGAAGACGAGUUCCUCGACAACGCGCAGAAGGACUUCUCGCUCGUCGAGCUCAAAGUGGUAGACAUGCCUGCGUGCCGGCUGUUGCUGAUCAACGGCACGCAUGACGGCCUGAUGCCGAUCGAGGACAGUAUGCUCAUGAUGGAAUACGGCACGCCGAAGGAAGCACGGUUCUUUACCGGGCUGUUGCAUAUGGGUUACCCGCCUGCGAACGGCAGUGUGUACCCUUGGAUGGAGCAGGUGAUGGCGACCGCCUCGUGAGUGACGGGAAAUAGCCACAUAGAAACGAUGAGGAUUUGAGGCGUCAAAAGCGCCUGUACAC